CUCUUCAUCAAGUAAUUUUUCUUUAAAUACAAUAUCCGCUACAUACUAUUUGAACCUGAAGCAUUAAAAGGUGUGUGCGCGCGUGUGUGUGUCGGGGGUGGGGGUGUGAAACUGUUCUGUUUGUUUAUUAGCUGGUAUUAUUUAUAGAGCUGUGUGAACAGAGAACUACAGACAAUUGCACAUUCCCACAAUGGUUAUUACACGCCGUGUUGUCAUUACGAGCAUUUUCCAAACGCGUCCAAAAGUUACUUGUCCUGUGUCUUUGAGUUCAAUUAUGUAAUUAGGUUGAUAAUCACAGUGACGGAAUUUAACUGCCUUUAAUUUGUUAUUCGCGUAGAGAGUCUGAGCAGCCAGUGGAGCAGACGGUUGGUUCUGGAUGUGUUUCCUCUGCUGCUGACUGAAACAGAGACGCAAGAAAAAUAAAGAUGAAGGUUUGCGCUCCUGCGACAUCACCGUCACUUGCACCCAGGGGUGACGCGGAACAAUGUUUCCCAGGUCCUCCGGGCCCAACCCCAGAAUCGCCAAUCGGAGCCCCUCUUGGAAGGAGUGGACCAAUGAGCGCCGGUCUUUGAUGAAUAUUCAUGAGUCCCUGAUUCAAACCUUUGAGGCGAGUUUGUGUAGAUUCACAGCCUCGUGCUUAGACUUUUCACAGAGACAAACUACAUUUUCUUAUGAAUGCAAAGUGGAAAACUCAGAUCGGCUUAAAUUGGGAUCCAUCCCUCACUGAGAUCAUAGAAGAAAACAAAAAGGACGAGGAGGAAUCAACCAGAAGAGAUGACAAUGACUACAAUGCCUGAAAGUCUUAAUAGCCCCGUCUCAGGAAAGACCGUUUUCAUGGAAUUUGGGCCACCAAGUCAACAAAUGUCGCCGUCCUCUAUGUCCCAUGGACACUAUUCCAUGCACUGUUUACAUUCUGCUCCUCAUUCUCAGCACGAUAGCUCGUACAGUCCAGCAGCGUCUUUCCCCAGGUCUCUGGGUUAUCCGUAUGUCAACACGGUCGGAAGUCACUCGUCAAGUCCAUAUAUCACCACAAUACAGUCCUACCAAAGCAGCUCGACACUGACCCAGACACGGUUAGAAGACACAGCGCCAGAGACGGAGAAAAACACAGUGGUGGAAGGAGGAGAAGUCCGCUUCAACGGGAAGGGGAAAAAGAUCCGUAAACCCCGGACGAUAUAUUCCAGUCUGCAGCUACAAGCUCUGAACAGACGGUUUCAGCAAACGCAGUAUUUGGCGCUGCCGGAGAGAGCAGAACUCGCAGCUUCGCUGGGACUCACCCAGACGCAGGUAAAGAUUUGGUUUCAGAACAAGAGAUCGAAAUAUAAGAAAUUGAUGAAACAGGGCGGGGGUACUAUCGACACGAGCGCACUGGCCAAUGGGCGAGGACUUUCUGCGGGCUCCCCGUCUGUCACGCCGGUCUGGAACACCUCGCCCACCGUGAAAACACCGGCGGGUACACCGGGAUCCUACAUUCCCAAUUACACCUCAUGGUACCCCACAGCACACCAAGAAGCUAUGCAGCAGCAACAACUCAUGUGAACAGAAAAACUGUGAACCCCGCCCCGCCU